CCCUCCUGCUUCUGGCCAAACGAAGGAUGCAAUCAGAGAUUCCAAGGGAUUUAGUUUUUUGAAUAAUUUCAAUGAUGCCUUGGUCGACCAUUUUAAUCCAAAACGAAAUAGAGAAUAAGAGUUUCAGAGAAGGCUUUUCCUUGAGCAGAGAGAGGGAUUUUCCUUGUUCAAGCAUAGGGUUUGGAGCGGGCACCAAGGGGUAGAGUUUAUAAAGCAG